GAGAAGAAGAAAAAAAAUCGCGUUUGUUUGGUCGAGAACGAGGCGAACAGAAACUUCUGGGCGAAGACGAGCUAGGUAGCUGACUGUCUGCUUGGGAGAUGGAGGAGCAGGAGAGAGCUAUGGAAGAGGAUGCUCUGGACUCCAAGCCUCCACUGACCACUGAAGAGGAUGAGCCCAAACACACAGACCUCCACGGGUCUCAUAUCACUGAAACACAACAGGAGCCCAGUGAACCUGAAGAGAAUGAGACGAAGCCACAGUCCUCAGAGCUGCUUGUUAUCAACAGCAUAGCUCCUCCAGACAGCUGGGAACCAGCCCACACUGAUAUCGAACCUGAGCAACUGACAGAGACAGAAAUGCUGAUCCUGUCACAGACAGAGAAUCGGACAGCGAUACAGACACAGGACCAAACACAGACAUUAUCACAGACAGAGGAGUUUAUCAUACUUGAUCAGAAUGGACAGCCCAUACAGUGUGAACGCGUGGUGAUACUGACCGGUCAGUCAGACAACGGAGAGAUGUACGUUAUCCCCUCUAAUCAGGUAUUACUUCCUCGUGGACAACUACUGGACAUCAUAGACCUCACAGGAUCCUGCGGAGGGAAGACCGCGGAUGAGGAAGAGCUUCACACUAUCACGUUAACGGCCGUUACGGACGACAGCGGCGGUUCGACGACGGCCGUUACGGACGACAGCGGCGGUUCGACGUCGGCCGUUACGGACGACAGCGGCGGUUCGACGUCGGCCGUUACGGACGACAGCGGCGGUUCGACGUCGGCCGUUACGGACGGCAGCGGCGGUUCGACGUCGGUAACGUCGGCCGUUACGGACGGCAGCGGCGGUUCGACGACGGCCGUUACGGACGACAGCAGCGGUUCGACGACGGUAACAUCGGCUGCAGCUAACACCUCGGCACAGAGCUCUCAGGACUGUUUCGCCUCUCUUCUGAAACCUCUCCCAUCCAACGCCCCCAUCUGGGCCCUGAGGCUUCAUAAUGCUGAGAAGAUAGGUGACUCGUACCGUGGCUACUGUAACACCGAGGCUGAGCUGGAGACCAUCCUCCUGCUCCACAAGCAGCAGACCAACAGUGUGUUUGGGACGCGCCAGUCCCCUUCCCCUGCCAAGCCUGCCAGCCGUCUGAUGUGGAAGUCGCAAUAUGUGCCGUACGAUGGGGUCCCUUUUGUCAAUGCAGGCAGUAGAGCUAUAGUGAUGGAAUGUCAGUAUGGUCCAAGAAGGAAAGGUCUUCAGCCCAAGAAGACUGCAGAGCAGAACGUCAAUCAAAACAUCGAUUACAAAGCUACUUGCCCUGCCAGGAUCUAUAUCAAGAAAGUUUGUAAGUUUCCCCAACACAGGGUGCCUACGGACCCUAACGUAGACAAGAGGGUUGUUCGUCAGGAACAAGAGAAAGCCUUCUUCAACCUCCGGAAGACCCUGCGGGACGUUGGCGGUGUCCUGAGGUACUACAUGCAGCUCCCUACCCAGAAAGCUCACCUCUAUCAUGACAUGGAGGCUCUCCUCCUGCCUCCUCCUCCAGACCUCCUUUUCCUCCCCAUGGAGGAGGAGGUGAAGCAGGAGGAGGAGGAGGAGGUGAAGCAGGAGGAGGAGGAGGAGCAGGAUGAUGAUGAUGGUGGAAUCAUGCCAUCUCGUCUCAACCCCAGGGUGGCAGAGAAGAUCAGGGAGUUGGUGGAGCAGGGGUAUCAUCAGGUGUACCAGGUCCGCAAACAACUCAGGCGGUUUGUGGAGCGGGAGAUGUUUAAAUCAGAGGAGGUCCCAGAGAGACAUAAUCUUUGCUUCUUCCCAACCGUCAACGACAUAAAGAACCACAUCCACGAGGCCCAGAAGACCUGCCAGCAGGCUGGGGUCACCGCCGAUGUAACACAGUGGACUGAAAUGGACCCAAUGACUGAGACUGUGACUCUGACCUCACGCCAGCCCCUGCUGAAGGUGUUCCAGAGAGUAGGAGUGUUGGAGGGGAGCGAUACAUUGUCUCCUGAUGCCGUUCAGCUCUUCAGCUCUCUUACCUCCCUGCAACCCAAAAUCUUUGCCCAGCUUCAGGGCAUCCAGCUUCAACCAAGUCUGUGUUCUUUCGACGGAGGUCCGUCUACAGUCUCUACAGACUUCCUGGAUUUGCCCAGUCCGUCAUCCCCGCAGCCCCUCUUGGUCAGCCCCACACAGUUCCUCCAGUCCAGCCCGUCUCUAGCUGAGCCCUCAGGGGUUCUGGGCAUGGGUCAGGUGGUCAUGGUGUCAUCGUUAGGGGACGGCCAGGUGGUCAGCGUGUCAUCGUUAGGGGACGAGAGCGGCGGGACACACCAGAUACUGUUGGAGGACGGACAGACCAUCCCUUUCCAGAUCAUGGUUCCUGCAAAUAUUGCUCUGAACAGUCCAGAUGAGGUCAAGGAGGAGGAGGACACUGUCAACUCUGUAGAUUGACACCAGGCCCUACAGGGGUGUACCGUACUCCAGGGGUGUAGCUCGUUCCUCACAGGGGUGUACUCCAGCCUUCACAGGGGUGUACCGUACUCCAGGGGUGUAGCUCGUUCCUCACAGGGUUGUAUUUUUGGGGUGUACUUCAGCCCUCACAAAUCACAGUAUCUCGUUCCUCACAGGGGUGUAUCUCGUUCCUCACAGGGGUGUAUCUCGUUCCUCACAGGGGUGUAUCUCGUUCCUCACAGGGGUGUAUCUCGUUCCUCACAGGGGUGUAUCUCGUUCCUCACAGGGGGUGUACUCCAGCCCUCACAGAUCACAGAAUCUCGUUCCUCACAGGGGUGAAUCUCGUUCCUCACAGGGGUGUAUCCCAUCUUUACCAUAUACUUUACUGUAAGAGCGGUUGCUUUUACCUCAGGACAGUCGCGUUUAUUGAUCACGUUUAAUGAUCACGUUUAUUGUACAAUUGACUGAAAGUGCAAUUUAUGCAGUGUGUUUUUUUUUCUUUUCCUCCUUGUUAAUCAUCAUGAGGAACUUGUUUGCUAUCGUUUUAAAAUCAUGGAUUUUCUUUUUUAAAUGACAACCUACGAAAACCCUGGAUGUAACAAGAUAUGGUGUAUAUAUUAGUGCAUAGGAAAUGUCUUUUUAAUAGUGUUUCUAACCCUGUUGCAUAGUCUUCUGAGAUGAUCAUUUACUUCAAUAAAGGUUAAUUUUAUUUGUUUAAAUUAAA